AUGACAAAGAACAAUAGUUACAACGUGCUUGUGGACAUGGGGCAAGACAAUGCCUAUUCACAGCCAGCCACCAUUGAAAGUGAUGGAUUAGAAUUUCAAGACAAUUCACCGUCUCAUACUUCUCCUCCUCCUCCUCCUCCUCCUCCUCCUCCCUCAACAUCAGCACAACAUAACAUGAGCAACAGCAACUUUUACAACGACGCAUCGCCUCGUGCGAAACGGCCUCUUUGGUCUCUUGACUUUUACUCUCAAUUCUUUGACGUAGACACGACUCAGGUCUUGGAGCGAUGUCUCAAGUCCAUGUACCCUCGAGGCGAUUUCGCUCAAGACACACUCAACCAUCAGCCCGACCUCUAUGGUCCCUUUUGGAUUCCCACUUCAGUUGUCUUUACCGUCUUUGUAUGCUCCUCACUGGCAGGCUCCUUAGCCGCCUAUAUUGCAGACAGAGAGUUCUUUUACGACUUUAAUUUAUUAGGCUUUUCAGUAGGUGUCGUUUAUCUCUAUGCCUUUUUAUGUCCCGUGGUCUUCUGGGCCUGCACCAAGUGGUUUAAAUGCGACCCGAACCUGUUGGAAAUUAUCAACUAUUAUGGUUAUGGAUUGACCAUUUGGAUACCUGUAUCGAUGGCACCUACAUUCACUUCUAACCGUCAAAAGAAAAUAUGGGAAAAGCAGCGAAAGGAUCUGGAAGAGAAAAAAAAAAAUGCUAAAACAUACGUCAAUCAGACACCAUUUCGUUACAUGGAACGCAAUUUCAAAUCGAUUGUUCCUCCACCCGAUUUCAGUCAAGUUGUCGAUUUCAGUAAAGGCAUCAACUUUGCUGAGCAAGGUGUGACAGCCGUCUCUUUGUCACAAGAUCUCAAGCAGUUGUCGCCCCUCUUUGGCGACCCAGCUAAUGACAACGAACCCUGCACCAACGACGAUCCAUCAGCAGCACAAGCCUAUAUCAUUAAGAGUGUGCCAGGACUCAUCAUUAUACCACAAGCUUUUACACCGAAAGCGCAACGUCAUCUUAUUAAAGAAUGCCUAAGGAAUUAUCCUAGAGCACCCAAUACAUCGAAUUUACAUACACAUUAUCAUGUGCCUGAGGAAGGCAUAUGGCCCCUCUUUGAAAAACAAGUCAAAGGCACAUUAAAGCCUUCCGAUCCUCAAUUUUAUGUUGCCAAAAAGGCCGUGGUCGACAGUGAGGACGACCAUCACGAUGAUGACACCUCUUCUGACGACGAACAUGAACAUGACAAAACAAACAACAACAACAACAACAACACGUGUGCCAUGAACGCACCGACGGCUUGCUCAGACGACUUUAAACCUAUCAUUGACGGUCCUAAACCAGAUCCUCUGCCAGCUCCUGGUGUUCCCUUGCUGCCUCCCUCUGUUCUCGUACGCAAAAUACGUUGGAUCACCCUAGGUUACCAAUACCAUUGGCCCACAAAGACCUAUCAUCUAGACCGUCGAUACCCUUUCCCACCCGAGAUUGCAGAGAUUACAAAGGCCGUUGUGACAGCUUGUGAAAACGUCGGUGGCAAAAAGGAAGACGGCACAGACGAAUGGAGAAAUACAUAUAAAGGAAGCGAUUUUGAGGCAGAAGCAGGUGUGGUGAACUAUUAUCAGUUUAGGGAUACAUUAAUGGGACAUGUGGAUCGUAGUGAGCUCAACAUGGACGCUCCCUUAGUCUCUAUCAGGUAA